AUGCUUACCAUCAAGUGGAACUGCACGAGUCGAGCCGAUAACGAAGACGUAGACAAAUGCGACGAUCAACUGUACAUAAGCGCUAUCACGGAAUCUGUAGCUGUAGAUGUUUCGGAGAUCAAGAAUGCACUGGAAACAGACCCUGAGCUACUUUUCGUCAAGGAUGCUUUGUUGACUUCGGGUUGGGCUGAUGAUGCUGUUAGAAGCGGUGCCAAGAAGUACAUACCCUUUCAAAACGACCUAACUCUCCUCGAAGGCUACGUGGUUCGUGGAUGCAGAAUCGUCAUUCCUCAAGAUCUACGCGGUAGAAUGCUGCAGCUGGCUCACGAAGGCCACCCAGGGGAGACACUGAUGAUAUCGCGACUACGUGACAGGGUUUGGUGGCCAGGCAUGGAUGAAGAUGCAAGAAAGACGGUCAAAAGCUGCGAAGGUUGUCGUUUGGUAAGCAGGCCCUCAGCACCCGAACCGAUGCGCCGCCGUCUAAUGCCAAAAGAACCUUGGGUAGACGUUGCGAUGGAUUUUCUAGGACCUUUACCAUCACACGAGUACCUCCUAGUGAUCGUGGACUACUAUAGUCGGUACAAAGAGGUCUGCAUCAUGAAGAAAAUAACAUCAGAAGAGACCAUCAAGAAGAUAGAGCCAAUUUUCGUCCGACUGGGUUAUCCGAGGACGAUCACUCUGGACAAUGGUCGUCAAUUUAUAGAUACAGAGUUCUAG